AUGAGGAACGACGAAAACAACAAGUUAUUGCCGUUACAGCUUGAGUACAAAUUAAAGAAUUUGCCCAUAUAUCAAAAGUUGGCCCAUCCCAAGAAUAAUCAUCAAUGGUACAAAUUGCUAAGUUGGGAAAAUCUUGAUCGAAACAUCUUGGAUAAUCGAAACGGAGACAAUGAUACUCGGUUAAAAGUUACUAAUCAGGAUGAGUACCACAAACCAGAGUUAACUAAUCACACUUUACAAAAACCAGGCGGGAUCUUGAUUAAACCAGUGACAUUUCACAAUAUAGAAACGGACGAAGGAGUCACUAUAGUCCAUGUAGGCUAUAGACUUUGUGGGUAUCCUUUCAUUGUUCAUGGAGGGAUAAUAGCCACUUUACUAAAUGAAACAUUCAAGAGAAAUGCAUCGUUAAAUCAAAAGACAAGUUCAAACUUGAAGGAUGAUUUUAAAGUGGAAAAUUUGACUAUAAACUAUAAACUGCCUACUUUUGCUAACCAGUUUUUGAUUGUAAAGACCAAGACUAAGGAGAGUGAUAGGAAUGAUAAGAAAAACAUCCUUCUUGAAAGCGUUAUUGAAGAUGCAAAGGGGAAAGUCUUGGUAAAGAGUACCGCGUUGUUGCGUAAUACGGGAAGAGCAACAAAUAGAAAUAAACAGCAAAAGGUGGUGGUUAAGAGGUGGUGGUGGUGGUGA